UAGGCUGGGUUCCCGAAAAGAAGGCGCCCGAGCCAAUUCUAAGCCCUCGUAAAUGGGCUUCACCAACGGUAGGCCGGGUUUCCACCAUACCCGAACUCAACUUCUUGACUUGUCUCCCUCAGUUUGCAUCCCGUAAACAGUAAACCCAAAACCCUCUCUCUCUCUCUCUCUCUCUCUCUCUCUCUCUCUCUCCCGUAAACCGUCGGCUAUCCUCCAAUUGGAAAUCCGGACUGUUAAGAAGAUGAUAAAGAGGCGAUUCUAUAGGGAAGAACACGGGGAUAGAGAUGCACCUUCCCUGGAUUCAUCUUCUUCUGAUUCUUCUUCUUCUUCUUCUGACUCUGAAGUUGAAGCAGAAGCUACAAAGGAAUCAGAGGAUCAUGCUGUAGUUGCUGAGCCGAAAGAAAAUGACGAGUCCUGCUCCUCAUCGUCCGUAUACGAGAGUAAGGAUAUCUCAGCUGAUGAUAUUGAUGUUGACUCAGCAGGUUUUACAAAUGAAGAUGAUGGAACUGGAAAUGAAAAGCAAAUCCCUGUUGGCCCUCGGUUAUCUAGUAAACAUGGUGCUGGUAUACUCAAGAAAGAGUUUAAUGGUGAGGCCCAAAAGGAAUCAGAACCAGCUGAUAUGCCAGAUUUUGUAUUAAAAUUCAAAUCAGUUUAUAGGUGUCGGAUUUGCCCCCGAAUUGUCUGUUUGACAGAACAGACUAUGAUGACUCACCUCAAUUCUAAGAGACAUGCACGAUCUGAGAAGCUACUGAAGGAAAAUAGGUUGAAGGCCAUGCUCAACAGUGAUGGGGAAAUAGAGAACCAGGAAACCCCAACAGAGAUGCAUAAUCGAAUUGUGGCUCUUGCAGAGAAUAAGUCAAAAAAGAAGAAUAAAGGGCGCCAACGACAAAAGAAGCGGUCAAGAACGAAGAAAGGGAGAGAGAUCUUAAAUAUGGAGAAAACGAGGGGUUCAACAAAAGCACCAGCCAAGAAAAGGCAUAAAAGUGAGAACUGAAGAAUGCUAUAUUCCUGUUUACUGUACUGUGAGGAGUGGAAGGAAAAAUCAAAAGUAAUUGCUCAGUAGUUUCUGCAAAGUAACUAUGAUGGGGGCAUCAAGUGUGGUUUUUGAAGUGGCCGCUCUCUUUUUCUAUUUUUCUGUUAAAAUUUCUUACCUGCAGGAAAUUUUGGUUUGUAGGACAUGUAUUUGUGGCAGGCUUUCAGUUUUUCAAGAGCACUGACUGUAUUUUUGCUCAACUAAUUAUGGGUUGAUCCAGAGAAUUAAUUGCGUUUCUUCUAAUUUACAUCAGUUAUGUUAAA